UUGGCUACGGAAGUAGACAAAGCAGCGCUGUGAAAAGCGCAGCGGGCAGCUCAGCCCCUUCAUUGUGACAGUAAAGGUGUCGCAGUGAACUUCUUCUCUUUGUCUGAGUGUCUACUGGUACCAUGGCGAGGGUAGAGACAACCUCCAGCAGGCCGUACCAUCUGGUCAUCUUCGGAGCCUCUGGCUUCACGGGGCAGUUCGUGGUGGAGGAGGUGGCCCGGACCGCGUCCGAGGGACCCAAGGGGAGCCUGAAGUGGGCCGUGGCUGGCAGGAGCAAGCAGAAACUGGAAAAAGUUCUGGAGCAGGCCGCUGGAGUCCUCAGUAAGCCAGAGCUCCGGACAGAGGUGGACGUCAUCGUGGCAGACGUUGGCGAACCCGACUCCCUCGCAGCCAUGUGCAAGCAGGCCGUGAUCGUUUUGAACUGCGUCGGCCCGUACCGGUUCUUUGGCGAGCCCGUGGUCCGAGCCUGCGUGGAGAACGGAGCGCACCACAUCGACAUCUCUGGAGAGCCGCAGUUUUUGGAGGGCAUGCAGCUGAACUACAACAGCCAGGCGGCAGAGAAAGGCGUCUUCGUCAUUGGAAGCUGUGGAUUUGACUCCAUUCCUGCAGACAUGGGAGUCAUCUACACACGAGAUCAGUUCAGGGGCACCCUGACUGCUGUGGAGAGCUUUCUGACUGUCAGCGCGGGACCUGAGGGUGGGUGUAUCCAUGAUGGGACCUGGCAGUCGGCCAUCUAUGGCUUCGCCGACAGCCAGAAUCUCCAGAGUCUAAGAAGGAAGUUUAACCACAAACCGCUGCCCACUGUUGGCUCCAAGCUGCGCCGCAGGGGAGCGUUGUUCUACAGUAAUGAGAUCCAGCAGUACGCGCUUCCCUUCAUGGGUUCUGAUCCGUCAGUGGUGAAAAGAACCCAGCGCUUCCUGGCAGAGGAACAUCAAGCCACGCCGGUCCAGUAUGGAGCGUAUGCUGGAGUUGGAGGUAUUGGCAGCAUCAUCAGGUUGAUGUUUGCUGGCAUGAUGUUCUGGUUGUUGGUCAAGUGCGGUUGGGGACGCAACCUGCUCAUUAAGUAUCCAGAGUUUUUCUCCUUUGGAAUGUUCUCGAAAGCCGGACCAACCAGAAAGCAGAUGGAGGGGUCAUCCUUCCAGUUCUCCUUCUACGGCGAGGGUUACACAGACGGUCAGGACCCCGCGCAGGGAAAACCCAACGCCAAGAUCCGCACUCUAGUUCAGGGACCAGAGGCCGGAUAUGUGGCCACGCCCAUUGCCAUGGUGCAAGCUGCUCUCACGAUGCUCAACGAACCGGCAGCUUUGCCCCAGAAGGGAGGAGUUUAUUCUCCAGGAGCCGCUUUCGCCAAAACCACCCUCAUCGAACGCCUCAACAAACAUGGCAUCCAGUUCUCCGUCAUCUAAUCCUGACACUUUUGUGAGCAUUUACUAACACGCAAAACUAUAACUGGGAAACUUUUAGCUUAAAUAUAUACUUUUUUAUUUUUAUUUUUUUGAUUAAAAGCUUCAAUUUUUGUUUUUGGUGAUGUGUUCCACUUUUAAUCCUUUGCUGCAGCCAGAAUCUCUGCAGAUUUCCCUUCAGUAUUUCACAGAUUUUACUUGGAAACUGAGCACAAUUGUUGCUGUGUUUCCUUGUCAAGGACAUUAAAAGAAUUUUAAAUUUUGCAUGGUUUUCCACCGACAUCAUUACUGAUACUAGAAGUAUUCAGGACAAUUUGGUUCAGUUCAUCCCUCUGGACACGCAUAAUAAAGAGAAAACUAAUAUUUUACGUGUACUGUCAUACAAAUAAUAAAAAGCAUCUAACAGAGA